AUGACGACCCAAAAGUGGACAAAUGAGUCGACAAAAGCACUAGACUAUGCCACUUGGUCCGGAAGAGCUAUCUGUAUACCUCCCAUCGGUUCGUCGGGACUGUUGAUCUUUAUCGGUGGCGCAAAAGUCAAGACACCCGCGUUCAGAAACAUGUCAAAGCCAGUGUCCUUCACCAACAUUACUAUAUUCGACCCCAGCUCCAAAGAGUGGUACUACCAACAAACGUCGGGUGUCUCUCCGGAUCCCAGAGUUGACUUUUGUUCUGUCGGAGUACAGGGGCUAAACAAUCCCUACGAUAUAUACAUCUACGGUGGCUGGAACACGUGGAAUGACAAGACAAAAGCCUACGGCGAUGUCUGGGUUCUAUCACUCCCGGCCUUCAAGUGGUUCAAGGCGGAGGUCGAUGGUCCAAAGAGAGGAAUGCAUGGAUGUGCUCUUGUUGGAAAGCGCCAGAUGCUAAGCAUAGGUGGUAAUAACUGGGGUAAAAACGAAGGUUGGAAGGACAAAGACCCCUGGACUCAGGGGAUUGGCAUUCUUGACUUGCCGAGUUUGACUUGGUCUAGUGAGUAUGAUGCUGAGGCUGAGGAUUACGAAUCACCAAAGGUUGUGAAAGACUGGUAUCAGAGCGGGGAUGAGGUUGAGUGGGACAACAGGGAAGUAGAAAAGCUUUUCGACGGCCCCAAGUUCGACUCAUACCCUGACAAUUCAUCGCCAACACCAGUUGGGGCUAUCGCUGGUGGUGUAGUCGGUGGAGUUGCUGCUAUAGUGGCACUCGUUGGUCUUUGGCUAUGGAUGCGCCGUCGCAAGAGGAAGGCCAGUGAACAUCCUCCGCAACACAGCGAUGAGGGGGCUACGAAGCAAUGGGGCAAAGCUGAGCUUUCAGGUGAAAGUUCGAAGCAGAACGGAUUGCAAGAGUUGGACAGUAGUCAAGCUACUGCUGAGUUACCGGCAGCUACUUCACCACUCGAGGCGAAUGGGCAGACGCAGCGACAUGAGCUGGAAGGUUGA